AUGGUUAAUACUUACGUUAUUGAACUUCAUCAAUAUGAAGAGGUAGAUGAUUAUAACAAUGAAUCAUAUAUUAAAAUUUUUGUACAAGGCUUUGAAGCUCGUUUCGAAAUACAAUAUCUACCGAGAAAUCUCAAGGCCUCAUCUUAUCAAUUGGCACAGUACAACAAAUCGCUGAAGAUCCUGGCGCUUGGAGAUGCAGGAUAUAAUAAUUGGGAUGUUAUGAAUGCAGAAGAGGAAGUUAAUAAACUCAAAGAACCAUUCCGGGCUUUGAUGGAUUCUUUAUUGAUCGAAGCAAUACCAUCGAAUUGUACCACUCGUGAUUACCUACAAGCGACAGUAUACAUCCUUGAAGCCAAAUGCAAUGGAGAUACCCUUUUGCCAACUCUUAAAGGACAAUUACCCCGACAGGUGGUGGGUCUUCCGGGUUCACCUCUAAAACCCAUAGAUGAUUGGCUACUCGACACUUUCAAUUACUUUACCCCGUCUCAAAUUCAUCUCAUACCUACUUCUUCAGAGUUAGAUCAACACCCAUGCUUAAAAGGCCCAUCUGUAAUCCGCACUAAUACGAAAUGCUACUUUAAGCCUUUACUUUCGAAUACACCGCCAGGCAAGGAUUGGGUACACAAACGAGUGAUGGAUGCUUUCGAUGCGGGUAAACUUCCUUCGACAAUGCCAAUUUGCCGUAUAAAAGGCAUAGUUGUGAUCGACAUAGAAGAGGUUCUGGAGGACUAUGAGCCGGUAUCAGAAGCCGAAUUGAUUGAAAAAUGGGGAUACACUGAAGAUGAUGUCACUAUUAUCACAAACCCAAAGUGUAUGCUGGGUUUUGUUCUCUCUUACAUUAAGAACAAGGGGACACUUUACGAUAUAGCACUAUGGGAAGAUUGCUCAAACGAUUUACGACUUCACUGGGCAAAUGAGCUAGAGGGUCUUGUACAUCAACUGCAUACAAUGGAUUUGAUAUGGGGUGAUGCAAAACCGCAAAACAUACUGAUUGAUCUGAAGAACCGCUUAUGGCUUAUCGAUCUUGACGGAGGUUAUACACCAGGUUGGGUGGAAAAGGAAAACGAGGAGAUACAAACAGGGGAUUGGCAAGGGGUUAAGAGGAUCAAGGAGUGGUUGUUGGAAUGUGGGAAGAGUCCGUUUACACAUCGUAUUCAUUCAGCUCUUUAA